CUUCCGAGCCUCUUUGGGAAAGAAAGCCAGAGUUCCCAGAGCUUACGAGGACUUUGACUGGGCACGUCCUUGCAGUCCAAGGAAGUCUUGAGGGAGAGCUCAUGAACCCAUUCUCUUCCAGCUCUUGGUCCUUUUGCUCCUUCCAAGUUAUCCCUCGGCCACCUUGCUUCCCCUCCAAACUCAAAAAGAGCUGAAUAGAAGUGAAAUUGGAUGAGUGGAUCCGAGGAGCGUCCACACUUUGCAUCUUCCUCUCCCCAGACCAGGAAAGUCCCCAAGACUCGCCGUUCCAGAGCAGAGUCUUAGUCGCUCUGUUGCCACACAGCGGUGCGAGGUGCAAGGCACUCCCCUCAAGGUUGCUAGAACAUGAACGAUACAACAGGACAUCCCCCUUGCUUUUGCAGACAAAGAAGUCGCUGCCAGGCCAACUGUUCCAAACCUCUGGGGCCUUGGCUCAGGUUCGAGCCUUAAUCAUGGACUCACAUGCUGAGUCCCGGGCAGGGAGGAGUCUCAUCUCUCUGCCCACUCAAAGACAUCUUCCCUGAACUGCCUAAUCACUCUCUUCCGGGACCAUCUGUGUGGUUUCCAGAUCUGAGCAGCAACAGAUGCCAGAAGCUCGCUUGGACUGUCACCUGAGUCUGGAGAGUGGCUUGCAACCCGAAGGAAGCACAGUGCAAGUCUGAGAGCAGCAGAGGUCCUGAUGGAUCCCUUCGGAGCCCUGUGUUUGGCCUGGGCUUUGCUAGGAGUGGCCAGAGCCUGUCCUGAGCCUUGCGCCUGUAUAGACAAGUACGCCCACCAAUUUGCAGACUGUGCCUACAAGGAGCUGCGCGAGGUCCCGGAAGGACUGCCAGCCAACGUGACCACGCUUAGUCUGUCUGCCAACAAGAUUACGGUGCUAAGGCGGGGGGCCUUCGUCAACGUCACGCAGGUCACUUCGCUGUGGCUGGCUCACAGUGAGGUGCGCACUGUAGAGUCAGGGGCCUUGGCGGUGCUGAGUCAGCUCAAGAACCUCGACCUAAGCCACAACCUCAUAUCCAACUUCCCUUGGAGCGACCUUCGUAACUUGAGCGCGCUGCAGUUGCUGAAAAUGAACCACAACCGCCUGGGAUCGCUGCCCCGGGAUGCACUCGGCUCGCUGCCCGACCUGCGCUCUCUGCGCAUCAACAACAACCGGUUGCGUACUCUGGAGCCUGGCACGUUCGACGCACUGAACGCGCUGUCUCACCUGCAACUCUAUCACAACCCCUUCCACUGCAGCUGUGGUCUCCUGUGGCUGCAGGCGUGGGCGGCGAGCACCCGAGUCUCCUUACCCGAGCCUGAUUCUAUCGCGUGCGCCUCACCUCCUGAGCUGCAGGGCGUGCCGGUGCACCGCCUGCCUGCCCUGCCCUGCGCACCUCCCAGCGUGCGUCUGAGUGCGGAGCCGCCGCCUGAGGCGCCUGGAACCCCUCUGCGCGCAGGCUUGGCUUUCAUGUUACACUGCGUCGCGGAAGGCCACCCCACACCCCGCCUGCAAUGGCAACUUCAGAUCCCGGGUGGCACUGUAGUCUUAAAGUCACCGGUUCUCAGCAAGGAAGAAGAUGGAGGCCAUAAGGCAGAGGAUGGGGAGGGUGAUGGAGAUGAGGACCUGCCUACACAGACUGAGGCACCGACCCCGACUCCAGCACCUGCUUGGCCAGCGCCUCCAGCCACCCCGCGCUUCUUGGCCCUCGCAAAUGGCUCUUUGUUGGUGCCCAUCCUGAGUGCCAAGGAGGCAGGCGUCUACACAUGUCGUGCACACAAUGAGCUGGGUACCAACUCAACGUCAAUACGGGUGAGCGUGGCUGCAGCGGGGCCGCCAAAACACGCUCCUGGAACAGGGGGAGAACCUGAAGCGCAGGCCCCGACCUCGGAGCGCAAGACCCCUGUUAAGGGCCGUAGCAACAGUGUUCUGCCCUACAAGCCUGAGGGCAAAACCAAAGGCCAAGGUCUGGCCCGGGUCAGCAUCCUCGGGGAAAUCGAGGCGGAGCUGGAGGAGACAGAUGAAAGAGAGCAGGUGGGAGGUCAGAUCCCUACAGAUUCGGAGGGGGAGAAGCACUGUGGCCAUGGGGACCCCUCUCGGUAUGUGUCUAACCAUGCAUUCAAUCAGAGCUCAGAGCUAAAGUCGCACGUUUUUGAGCUGGGUGUCAUCGCGUUGGAUGUAGCCGAGCGUGAAGCUCGAGUGCAGCUGACGCCUCUUGCUGCGCGCUGGAGCCCUGGACCAGAUGGUGCUACCGGAGCACGGCGGCCUGGAAGGCGGCCCCUGCGCCUACUCUAUCUGUGCCCUGCGGGUGGUGGCGCGGCAGUUCAGUGGUCACGCGUUGAGGAAGGGGUCAAUGCCUACUGGUUUCGCGGCCUGCGACCUGGCACCAACUACUCCGUGUGUCUGGCACUGGCGGGCGAGGCGUGCCACGUGCAAGUGGUGUUUUCCACCAAAAAAGAGCUGCCGUCCCUGCUGGUUAUCGUGACAGUGAGCGUGUUUCUCCUGGUGUUGGCCACCGUGCCCCUGCUGGGCGCCGCCUGCUGCCAUCUACUGGCCAAACACCCGGGCAAACCCUAUCGUUUAAUACUAAGACCUCAGGCCCCUGACCCUAUGGAGAAACGCAUCGCCGCCGACUUUGACCCGCGUGCCUCCUACCUUGAGUCUGAGAAAAGCUACCCUGCCCGUGGCGAGGCCGGAGGUGAGGAGCCGGAGGAGGCCCCGGAGGAGGGCCUUGAUGAAGACGUGGAGCAGGGGGACCCAAGUGAGGACCUGCAGAGAGAAGAAAGCCUGGUGGGUUGCUCGUUGGUGGAGUCUCAGUCUAAGGCCAACCAAGAAGAGUUCGAGGCUGGCUCUGAGUACAGCGACCGGUUGCCCCUGGGAGCAGAGGCCGUCAACAUCGCCCAAGAGAUAAACGGCAACUACAGGCAGACUGCAGGCUGAGCCCCCAGCACGCCUGGCCUGCCCACCUCUACCUUGGGUACCUUGUAGCCUAGGGACGGCAGGACUUUCUCAUCCUCACGGGACCCCACCUCACCCCCAAGCUUCCUCCUUAGCCCUCCGUAGGCGUCACUACUAAGGAUUUCCAGGAGUGGGCCGAAUUCAGUGGUCUCUCGCUAGUCACCGUCAUCCUCUUGGCGGGUUUGAAUCCCCACCCCUCCCCCAAAGCACAGAGACAGGCGCCUACCUCCUCUCAGACACCACCCACAGACAGCGAAAAACCGUCUAUGCCUUCCAUUCCACCGCGACGAUGAUCAACGAAACCCACCUCUCACCCCCCGGGUGGAGGCAAAGGGAACGCGCUAGUCGUUGGCUACAUCUGCUGAUAAUAAUGGGGUUGGUUCUGGGCUUUGCCCGCGAUCCCCAGGACACGUUCCCAGAGUGAAGCGCUGUGGCUCUCACCUUGACCCCACUCUGCCUUUUCAAGGUUGCAUGUGCCAGAAGCCGGCUAAUUUUUAGUCUCAAAGUACCUUCCCUACAAUGAUCCAAAUCCUUGCCUCCCUCUGUCCCUACCCCCUGCCUGCCCCAUUUCUGUACAGUUGGAGCCAAGCUGGGGUUCUGGGACGCCUUUCAACUCAGCGCACUGAUUUUCUUAUUUUCGUUGUUAUCAAAGACAGCGACAUUCAUGGGUCUGGUGCUAACACAACCUUCCCAAUGUCUGGGAAACUGGAUGUGAGUGUGUCAGGUGUGAGAGUCGGAAUCCGUUUUCUUCUGUCUUUCUCCUAAUUUCAAGCGCUGCGGGGCCGCGCACCCCUUUUCCUCGCAGGGUGCGGGCUUGGUCCCCAGCCAGUUUCGUUGUCAAUGUCUUGCAGGUGCCAGGGGCUGGUGAGCGGCGCGGCACAGUGGCUCUUGCAACUCCAGAGGGUCCAGAGCCCUAUAGAAACGUGCUGGGAGCGAGGGAGCUAAGUGUGACUCCCCGGGAACAUAUUACGAAUUCCGAGGUUGCCUGACUGGGGCCAGAGCGCGCGGGCAGCAGCGAGUGCGGAGUGCAGGAGGGAGUCCCUGGGUCCCCUCCUCCCAGGAGAAGUGAGUUUGCCCAGCGUGUAGUCCCCACCGAGCGUGGGCUGUAGAAGUCGGUGUCCUGUAAAGCGUGAUGAUGUAGUGUAGGG